AACUCUCCACUUUGCCCAUUCUCUGUGUCCUCCAACCAUGGGAAUGGCGGUUUAGGGGGGCACUGCACAUACACACACCCAUCAAGGCGCUAUCAAAUGACAAGAUCACCAACAGGAGGACAUCUUUGAUUCCAUUUCGGAAGGAAGCGGGGGUUGACCUCCAACUGACCGAUUGCUUGAGAGGAAAACGGGGAAUUUCAACGAAAAGGAACAACCCCUACUUUUUUAAGCAUUUGUAAUAUUUCUUCACGCUUUUUAAAUAUUUCGGAUUAUACACAAAUAUCAAAUUCGUUGUGAAAGUGAAUUUGUGCUUUUGGAUUAUCAUCUCAGACUGUGUCCUCUAGCAUUCAAGGGAUCUCUAUCUGCUUAUCCCUUUCCACCUGGAACAACUUAUAUGAGCUCAACCUGCUAAUAACUCACCAGAAGAGGCCUGCUUUGACCACUGGAUUACUGGACAGUCUUUGAGUGUUUUCCUUUUCAUGCAAUCUGGCCACCUCUGGAUUCACAAACCAUUCCUAAUUGGAAUUGUCACUCUUCCUGACCCUCAAGAUAUAGUCCUGGUCAUCUUUCCUCUUGUGUUUGGAGUUGAAGUGUGCGCAGUAAGGAGCCAUGGUGCUGCUGAAAAUGAAGUUCACCCAGCAGAGGCGGGUUCGUCUGGCGCAGGGCCUGUGGCUCUUGUCCUGGAUGGCGGUGUUGUGCGGGUCCUUCGUAUUUUCAAUGGGUGUCUAUCUUAAGAUAGAGCUUCUCCGUCGGGCCGAGGUGAUGGAUAACACAGAGAUCCACGUGGUGCCCAACAUCCUGAUGUUGGUGGGGCUGACCUCCAUCGGCACCAACUGGGUGGCCGGUCGAGUGUGCCAGGACUCUUUGGACCCGAGUCGCUUCCCACGCUGGAAGGUUUUCUUGCUGGGCUGGUACACUGUUGCGGCACUCCUCUGUUGUCUGCUCAUCGCUGUGGUGGUACUCAGCUACGCACUGCAGGGGCGCCUGGAGGAGUCCCUGAAGGUCGGUUUGAGGAAUGGCAUCCGUUUCUACAAAGACACCGAUGUUCCAGGCCGCUGUUUCCAGAAAGAAACCAUUGAUCGUCUGCAGAUGGAGUUCCGUUGCUGUGGAAACACUAACUUCAGGGAUUGGUUUGAGGUGCAGUGGGUCAGCAACAGAUACUUGGACUACACCUCCAAAGAUAUCAAGGACCGCAUCCGGAGCAACAUAGAUGGCCGCUACUUGUUGGAUGGCGUGCCAUUCAGCUGCUGCAACCCCGCGUCCCCUAGGCCCUGCCUGCAGUACCACCUGACUGACAACAGCGCUCACUACAACUAUGAGUUCCAGAAUGAGGAACUCAACCUGUACAACCGUGGCUGCAGGGAGGCUCUGAUCAACUACUACAUGGACCUGAUGAAUUCAACUGGGCCUGGUGUGCUAUCAGUCAUCAUGAUACAGAUGUCAGUCUUGUUGAGCCUGCGCUACCUGCAGACUUCAGUGGAAGGGGCCAUGGCGCAGGAGCAGCCGGAUGGUGACAGCGAGGGUUUUCUUCUGGAGAAGGGAGUGAAGGAGACCUUGGAGGAAGCCAAAGUCAAAAUCCUGCUCAUGCUGAAGUUUGGCCAGGUUGAUCCCAGUGCAGCUGAAGGCUCCCCUGAUGCAGAAAAGGCCCCGGAAUCUUCCAGUUAAAAGACGAUAGAGUCAAAUCAGAAGCAGAAUCAUGCUGAAAGUUGGGAGUGAUGUAUACAUUUUCUUGGUUGGGUAUAAUUCGGUGAAUUCAUUUGGCGGGUGGUGGGUACAUAGAACAUCUCAUUUGGAAACAUUAGGUCUGAUUAUUGCUCCACCAGUACAGCACCCCCCACCCCCACCAAAUAAAGUGGCACAAAAUGGAAGGACCGAAAUGUGUGACCGACAUAUGUUCAGUUUACAUGACAUUAGUACUUUUUGUUUUCACUUUAUCAACAGGUCUAGUCGACAUUUCGACCUUUAUUGGGUACUUUGAACCUCAUGUCAUAGUUCAUCCUGUGUGCACUGUAUUGAUUAUCUCACAGCAUUAGUGUUUUUAACAAACUGCAAUGAAAUGCUUUGGAAACUGUUUAAAAGUGGCAAUGCACAUAUUCUGUAGUGUAUUAAAGUUAGACAUUUUUAACCACUUUGUAGUGUC